GGCACUUCGAGAAUUUUUUGAUAAAAAGCUCGUCCUAUUUUUUUAAAGUUUAAAUUAUGUAGCCUUCGAUAUUCUUCACUUUUUAGUACGUAAGAUUUUUGGCCAUAAAAAUUAGCGUUUGGUCGGGCCCUGAUCGGAUUCCCGAUCUUCAAGGCGGAUACGCGGUUACACCAGCAGCGGAGAAUGUCGGAGCAGAGGCUCCCCUACCAUCGCAGACCAGUGCCCGUGAAGCUUCAGGAGCGGAAGGAAUCUUGGACCGAUCUGAAGAGACCGCCCUUUCUGCUGGUCAAGAGCUUCCUGAACUUGCGCCACAUGGACGCCGACUACGGGAAGGAUAUCUCGCGAGUUACGGAGGAGCUAUGUUUCCAGCCACACCGCACUCUCUAUAUCAAUGUCCUUCAAUUACCGCAUCGUCGCUUUUCGGAAACGGACAGCUUUGCGGAGAUAAUGGUUAAAAAUCCGCUAGCUUCGGACUCUGUUCCGGAGCCGUGAGUGUGGGUAAUCAAGUUCAUUGGAAAAGGAUGUUUUUUAUUAGUUUUUUUUUUAUAAUAAAUGUAUCUUUUAAAUUGUGUAA